AUGUCCGUUUCACAAGCAUACCAAUCCAAUCAGGCUACCUCAUUGGCUGUAUACAAUCUACCCUGCUCAGCCAAUGAAACGGAGGUCCAGUCGAUAUUUCCCUCAGCUAAGUCAGUGAGCAUCGUACGCAGUCAUUCAGUGCCUCCACAGUCGAAAGGCAUGUGCAUCUUGCAAUUCAACAAUGCUCGUGAUUGUCAACAAGCCUACGAUGAAUGUCUUCAAGGCAAGGAAAUCGACGGUCAGCUGUUGCAUGCAGAAUUCAACGGAGAACGUCGCUACAGUUCAUCAGAAAACUUACACACUAGCCAACAGUACGGAGGACAUUCCAGGGAUUUCAGACGUCCAUACUCAGAGAAUGAUUACGGUCACCAAACCUAUGACAAUAAUGGGGCUGAUGGUGACGGUUCGUCCAGCACUUCUUGUACGCUUACUGUGUCGAAUCUCCCAUAUUCUGCGUCAGAAAGGGAUAUUAUGCGUGAGUUUCCGGAGGCAUUACGAGUUGCACUCUCACUCGAUGAACAGGGGCGUUCAAGAGGUGUUGCUCAUGUGACAUUUUCAAACUCGGAACAGUGCAGCGCUGCUCUCACCUCUUGUGGCAAUAAAAUGAUGGGGGGAAGACCUGUUCGUGGACGUAUUCAAAGAGAUCAGGAAAGCACCCAGCAGUCAAGUUAUAAUAAUAAUAACAACAACAACCAGAGGUCUUACCACCGUGAUCAAAGAGAACAUGGUCAGCGUAACCAACGAGAUUAUAAUCAGCGCCACUUCAACAACCGGGACCACAGCAACCAGCGUGAGAAUGGCAGUCAAAGAGACAAUAACCAACGUGAUUACGGCCAACGGGACUUUAGCAACAGACAGGGGAGACAGUUUGACUACAAUUCCGGGAGAGGAGAAAGAGAUAUGAAUCGUUUUCAAGGCGGGUCAGGAAACAGAGGCGGACCUCGUGAUUUUGGAAGGAAUGACAGAUUUGAUCGGUCGGAUCAAAGACGAGAUCGCAGUCCAGCUAGGGGAGAACCUGUCCGUGGGUAUGGUAGUUCCAAAGGGCCACGGAUAACAUCAGCUGUGAUUCACCGCCCAGGAAAUGCCAGCCCCUCGGAGUCCUCCUCUUCCGACGAAGACUGA